AUGGCUACUAAUGAAAAUCUCCCACCAAACGUAAUUAAGCAACUUGCGAAGGAAUUGAAGAAUCUUGAUGAAUCCCCUCCUGAAGGCAUUAAAGUUGGUGUUAAUGAUGAUGAUUUUUCGAUCAUAUAUGCGGAUAUUGAAGGCCCAGCUGGCACUCCUUACGAGAAUGGUGUUUUCCGCAUGAAGUUGUUAUUGUCUCGUGACUUCCCACACUCUCCUCCUAAAGGUUACUUCCUGACUAAGAUUUUCCAUCCAAACAUUGCAACUAACGGUGAGAUUUGUGUCAACACCUUGAAAAAAGAUUGGAAUCCAAGUCUUGGAUUACGACAUAUUCUGAUUGUAGUUAGAUGUUUAUUGAUCGAACCAUUUCCAGAAUCAGCAUUGAAUGAACAGGCGGGCAAGAUGCUGCUUGAAAAUUAUGAAGAAUAUGCAAAACAUGCCAGACUUUAUACUGGAAUCCAUGCCAAGUCAAAACCCAAGUUUAAAACAGGAGCUAUUUCAGAGUCGACUACUGCACUGAACGUUGACCAAACUAACAGCUCUGCACUUAAUGCUGAUCAAAAGAUCACAGCACCUGGUGCUGCUAUGCCAGUGAUCUCUGCAUCCCCGUCCCCACUGGCCCCUAUUACAGUGACGAGAGGAAAUGGUCAGGAUCAACCAGCUGUUGUUGCUCCAGUGGAGACUGGAGUUAGUGGCUGUGCUGCAUCAGCAGCAGCAACUACUACAACGCUAAGGAAGGAAGGUGGAUUGGCAAAAGCACAGGCAGACAAGAAGAAAAUAGAUGCAAGGAAGAAAAGUUUGAAGAGAUUAUGA